AAAGUAACCAAGUUAUUUUUGUAACCAAUUUAUUGUUCUGUGAUGUAACCGAGGUCUUACAUUCUACAGUAUCACCACCAGCAGCAGCUGCAAAGACGACCCGUGUUCAAAAUAUUUUUAUCACGAUUCGCGUUAUCUAAGCAAUGAAAAUGCUGAUAAACCAAUAUCCACGAGCGGCACGAGCAUAAUAUUAUACCCUUUUCAGUUUUAUUUGAAAUUUGAGAAAACAAAAUACUUCAUUUUUAAAAUGAGUAGCAAGGUAGUAAACGAGAGCAGCAUGUGCUAUAUUGACUUUUGUCCAAAUUGCUCAAACAUUCUUCACUUGGACGAGUAUCUGGGAGAGAUGAGACAGAAAUGUCAAGUAUGUCCGUACUUCUCAACAAUCAAAAACGUCAUGCUUGCUUCCCGAUCAUUUUACAAACUGAAAGAAAUAGAUUCAGUUCUGGGAGGCAAAGCUGCGUGGGAAAAUGUGGAUUCAAUUGAUGUAGUUUGUAAUUCGUGCAAUCAUGGCAGGGCAUACUUUUUACAAGUUCAAACUAGAUCAGCAGAUGAACCUAUGACUGUUUUCUAUAAAUGCUGCARCUGUGGUCACAGAUGGCGAGAAUAAAUGAUUGAUAGUAAAUUUAAUGAAUGAAGUUUUUGAUUAAUAUGAUUAAAACAGAAAUUACCUAAUUAAUACAAAUAAUAUACUAAAAUAAAUAACACAUG